CCCUCCCAUCUCUACUCGAAGAAGAAGAAGAAGAAGAAGAAGAAGAAGAAGAAGAAGAAGAAGAAGGACAAAAUGGGAAAAAUACCACCUGCAUUUCGAUCCGCUGUUACAAACCCUCAAUUCAGAAACCCAUCUUCUCUAAUUCCUCCGUUCUCUCCAUCCUCCAAACCCCAUCACUUUCCCAAGAAAAUCCCUUCUCAUUUUCCCGGAAAAUCCCGAAAACCUAACAACCAGCAACAACCUCCGAAAACCCCCGUUCUCUUCAAAUCCCCGAGCCUCCAAGAAGCCAAGACCGUCUUCAACUCCAUAAUCAAAACCUCCGAUUCCGCAAAUGCUUCCAUUGACCCUCGAUUCCACAAUUCCCUUCUUCAAUCCUACGCUUCAAUCUCCACCUUUGACGAUUCCGUCGCUUUUCUCCGCCACAUGUCCGCUGCAAACCCUUCCUUCUCCCCCGACCGAUCCACCUACCACAUCCUCCUCUCCCAAACCUGCAACAACGAUUCGCCUCCUGAUUCCCCCUCCUCCCUUUCCCCAAUUCAUAAAACCCUAAAUCUGAUGGUCAAAGACGGCGUCUCCCCCGACAAAUCCACCGCUGAUGUCGCCGUGAGGUCGCUCUGUUCCGCCGGAAGGGUAGACCACGCUGUUGAAUUGUUCAAAGAGCUUUCUUUGAAGCAUUGUGUUCCAGACACUUACACUUUCAAUUGCAUUGUUAAACAUCUAUGUAAGUGCCGUAGCUUGAGUACUGUUUAUGGAUUCAUUGAUGAGAUGCGUGAUAGUUUCGGCUUUAAGCCUGAUCUUGUUACUUACACGAUUUUGAUUGAUAAUGUGUGUAAUACUAAGAACUUGAGGGAGGCUUUGAGGUUGGUUAGUGUGCUCAACGAGGAAGGGUUUAAGCCCGAUUGCUUUUUAUACAACACGAUUAUGAAAGGGUAUUGUAUGCUGAGUAGGGGGAGUGAGGCGAUUGAGGUUUAUAACAAGAUGAAGGAUGAUGGGGUAGAGCCUGAUCUUGUCACUUAUAACACUUUGAUUUUUGGGUUGUCGAAAUGUGGAAGGGUUGUGGAAGCUAAAAAGUUGUUGCGAGUUAUGGCGGAAAAGGGCUUUUUCCCCGACGAGGUGACUUAUACUUCGCUGAUGAAUGGUAUGUGCAGGAAAGGGGAUGCACUGGGUGCGUUGGCGUUGUUGGGAGAAAUGGAGGACAAGGGGUGCUGUCCGAAUUCGUGCACGUAUAACACUCUGCUACAUGGGUUAUGUAAGUCUAGGUUGUUGGAGAAGGCAAUGGAAUUGUAUGGAGUGAUGAAAUCAGGUGGUUUGAAGCUUGAGACAGCUUCUUAUGCCACGUUUGUUAGGGCACUGUGUAGGGAUGAUAGAAUCGCUGAGGCCUAUGAAGUGUUUGAUUAUGCAGUUGAAAGCAAGAGUUUGACGGAUGUUGUUGCUUACUCGACAUUGGAGAGCACGCUUAAGUGGCUCAAGAAGGCAAAAGAAAAAGGUCAGGCAGUUUAAUUUGUUCUUUUUGCCAAUGGUUGCCUAGGAUGUAAAAGAGUUUGUUGACAAAGUCAAUAUACAAAACUGUGGAAUGUUUGCUAUGGCGAAUGCUAAGAGAAGGAAAGAAGAGGAGAGAAAAUCUCAGAUUGGCACAGGCAGCAGUACGACACAGCCAUUGCAAAGAAGAAGAAUUGUCAAAGAGGUUGAUCAUGGUUUUCAUUGGCCAGUACCAGACGAAGAUCCAACAAAUAUUUAAGAGUUAGCUUAUACUGAUAAGUGAGUGAUACCUACAUGCCUGAUGUGGGACAAUCUAUUUCUCGAUGCACCGAGGCUACAGAGUGAUGCCCAGUUAGUUGAAUUGCAUGUGUCAAAUGACCCCUUUCAAGAGGAUAUAGCUUGUGAUGUUUCCCAUUGGUGUUUAGCCACCAGGCAUGAUUUUUUUUUUUAUUGGAUUAGUAGAAUAUGUUCUCUCAGGCAUAUCACACACUCAACAGAGAAUUUGGAUAGAUUUAAACAAACAUUUCACGAAAUUUGCUGAGUUAUUUUAGCACUCAGCAAGCUGUAUACAAUAAGAAGAGAAAAUAAGGUUACGACAUGAAUUUUACAUGAA